AUGGCCAUCAAGCCAUUUCCCAUUGCAAAUCUAUCCGCGCCAAACCCGAAACAAUACCGAAUUAAUGUGACGGCACUGGCGGAUGGACCACGGCAGGCACGGCCCACGGGCUCGGGUGCCCAGCACCGAAGCCACGGGACCGCCAUUCACCAAAGCGUGCACCGGCCACCCGGGCUGCUGGGGUUAAAACCCCGGAUUCCGGGGACACCUUUUAUAUACCCCCAAAGAGAAGGCGACGGCCCAAGCCUCGCCGAAGAAGUAGAAUACUACGUUAAAGGUGUCUACCGCUAUAAGUAUUUAAGUUAA